UUUCGGCGUCGGUUUCCGCCAUUUUAGUUGCAGUUUUCGUACACUAUUCUCGUGCCGCCGUUCGUGUUUAGCCCGUCCGUGAAUCCGUUCGUUUUGUGUUCUUCGCGAACAAAUCCGUUCAAAAAGCUCAAUCUCCGUUGUACACGUUCUGCACCUUGACACCGUCGUCGUCUUACAACGACACAACCAAAAAUGUCUUACAACCGUCGAAGUGGUGGGGGUGGUGGUUAUGGCGCUGGAAAUAGUGGCAACUAUGGAAAUUCUUAUGGACAAAGCCCUAGCAAUAAUUUUAGUGGCUCUAGCAAUUAUGGAAGUGGUGGAGUUGGUGGUGGUGGCGGCGGCAGUGGAAAUUUCAAUGGAGGUGGCAGUAGCCGUUUCAAUAAUUUCAAUAGUUAUGGUAGAAACCCGAAAAUGAGUCCUUGGGAGUCUGGUGUAUCCCCAGGAGGUGGGAUGAUGCCAAAUGUUCAUCCCAAUCAAAUGGCUCUAGCUAAUGAUUUAUUAUCUAAGCUUUUAGCACCUAAUCAGGGUGGAUACGGAAGUAGCCAAAAUUGGGGUCCAAACCCUGGAAUGGUGAGAAGACAAGAAUCAUUUAAGAACCAAAACCGGCGCAGGCCUGAUAAUCGCAAUCGUAGACCUCCUCCAAAAAAGGACGAUAAGAAAAAGGAUUCUAAACCUGAAGCGGAUAAAAAUGAUAAGAGUAAUGAAACAAAUGGUGUCAAGAAAGAAGCAACAGACCAAGAACAUGUGGAUUACGAUGGUAUUCCAACAGCUGUAUUAUUUUGCCAUGUUUGUCAAAAACACAUGUGGGAUGGAGCUUCUUUUGAGAAACACGUCCGCGGUCGUCCUCACGAACUGAUGAUGACAUACUUGGAUGAAGGGUACAAAAUGCAAGUGGAGUUAAUGCGUCACCAGAUUAAAGCAGCUGAAAAUCAAAGAGAAAUCGACUUAGAACGUAUGCAAGCUCAAAAUAAAGGGAAAGCAAAACCAUUGUUCCGUAACUACUGUCCUAUGUGCAAUAUUAAUUUCUAUGGCCCUUUGACUGGACAUCGUAAAAGUGAUCGUCAUCGUAAAUUGAAACAAUUUCUUCACCCAGAAUGCAAAAUGUGUGAUACAUUAUUCCAUACUCGUUUAGAAUGGGAUGAUCACAAAUUGUCUUCAGAUCAUUUACGCAAAGUUGGUGAACAGCGCCGUCAAUUUAAUCCAGAUCUUAAAGAUGAUGAAUUUGAAUUGCUUGAUGUGAUUGUGAUUGAAGAUGAUGUACGUUCAGAAGAAAUACCUGUAGCAUCUAAAUUAGAUAUGCUCGAUGAUCAAGAUAUGAAAGAUGAUGAAGAAGAAGAAGAUCAAGACAUUGCAAAGGAAUCAGAAGAUAAUAAAGAUAAUGAGGUGAUAGAUGAUAUCAAAGAUGGGGCGAAAGAAGAGAAUGAUAAUUCCAAAGAGGAGAAUGAUGUUUCUAAAGAAGAGAAUGAUGUUUCCACAGUAGAGAAUGAUGUUUCUGAAAUAGAGAAUGAUACUUUAAAAACAGAGAAUGAUACUUCAAAAACAGAGAAUGAUAAUUCCAAAGAAGAAAAUGAUAUUGAUACUGCAGCUAAAGAAGAUACAUUGGUGAUUAAAAAAGAAAAAGAAAAAGAAUAUAAUCCUGCUAAUGUUGUUGGCCGUGAACUUGUAGUCAAAACUGGAGGAUAUGUAUGUCGUAUUUGUUCAAUGUUUAUGAAGAAUGAUGAAGAAGCAGAUUUACAUUGUCAAACUGCUUCACAUUAUAUUAACUUCACUACUAUCACAAAAUUGCAUGCCAAAAUCAAUAAUCGAAAGCGCAAAAUGAAAGAAGAAAAGAAAGAGGAUGAUGAUAAAGAGGUAAAUACAGAAGAUAGCGAAGUUAAACAGGAGAAAAAAGCUCGUUUGGAUGAAACUGAAAAUGAUACACCAGUAGUUGAGCAAAAUGGCAUCGUUGAACCACAAUCUGAACCUAUGGACGAAGACGAUGUCCAGGAGAUAAAAUCUGAUGUACCUAUUAUUGAAAUACCGGACGAAGAGUCGAAAGCGAUUAACUCUGAAGAUUCGGUAGUUGCAGAUACUGUAGUUGCCGAUACUGAUAUUAAAAUUAAUGAUGUUGUUGCUGAACCAGAAUCCGAACCAGUAAAAGAAGCUCCAGCUGUCAAAACUACUCCACCGCGUGGUGGCCGAGGUGGACGUGGUCGAGGAGUGGCAAGAAGAGGCCGUUCAAGUCGCUAAAAUCACAUUAAAAAAAAAAAAAAAAAAAAAUGGAGGAUAUACAACUUCAUAAUAAGUAAUUGAGCCCCCAAUAAUUAAUUUGUAAGAUUAUUUGUUUUUAAAUACUCUUAAUUCAUGUGCAUUCAAAAUAUCAUUCGAUUUUAAAUAAAUAAUAAUCAUUUAAAUUAUAAACAGUAUACUAAAUAUUUGGAAUUGUGUUCAGUAUAGUAGUUCCCUUACCAUCGUAUUUUUAUUCUAAAAGUGCGACUUAUGUUUUUAAUUGUGGACUCAAAUUCAUAUUUAUAUAAUGUCUAUAAUUUGGUAUUAGAAAUUAGAAAUUUCUAGUUUUUUUUAGAUUUUUUUUCUUGAUGCAAAUUAUUAUUUUAUUAAAAUAAAAUAAUAAAUAAGCAGACUUAAAUUUCUUUAUAACAUUUUUUAAUUUUGUUAAAAUUUACAAAUAUUUUAAAAAAAAUAGCUAAAUUAGUGUAAUCACUUAUGUAAGUUAAAAUUAAAUGCAUAAAUUGGUAUUUUGCUAAUUAAAAUUGGUUUUUAAAACAUAAUAUAGUAAAUAAUUAAAUUUAAUAUAAUAUAAUCUAAUUUUAGUUUUAGUUAAAAAAUUUAGGAACCUUUAAAAUAAUUGGAUAUACGUAGUUCUACGUAUAAACAUAUACUUGUUAUAUGUUCGUAAAACUGUUGCAUUGAAGAGAAAAUGUAGAUCAUCUGAAAUAGUGUAA